AUGACUCACUCGAAGGAAGGUCAUCAAUACGACAGCACUGGCAUACACCAAGGUCUGAGAACAGAUGCUGUUGUUUCAAGCACUGUGAACGCAAAAAGCUCGUAUGAUGUGAUCGUGAUUGGCUCAGGAUUCUGCGGCCUCGUUGCCGCGAGGAAUCUUGCCCUCGAUCGCAACUUGCGUGUUUUGCUUCUCGAAGCUCGUGACCGCAUCGGUGGUCGUACAUGGACGGCUAAAGCAUGGGGCGAGGAGUUUGAGAUGGGCGGAACUUUUGUGCACUGGCAUCAACCUCAUUUCUAUGCCGAGAUGCACCGACAUGGUCUGGAGAAGCACUUGAAGAUGUCAGCCGGAACGACGGCUACGGACACCAUCUUAUACAAGCCUCGAGGAUCGAAUGUGACGAUGCUUGACGUGGCCGAAUACAAUCCCAGGAUUGCGAGAGUUGCCGAAGUUUUCUUCGGCAUUGACGGCAUGACUCCACGCGAAGUUAUGCCCUAUCCUCAUGAGCCAUUCAGGCCUCAACCCUGGCAUAGAUACGACCUCAUGAGUUGCCAAGAUAGGCUUGAUCAGCUUGACAUCCCUCAGGAGGACAAAGACCAGUUUAUCUGCCACACAAACUCGUUCGGAAGUUCUACGGCCUCAGAAAUUGCUUGGACAGAUGCACUGCGAUGGUAUGCUCUAGGCGGCUAUAGCCUGCAAACCAUGUAUGAUGCCGCUGCGUGCUUCAAGCUUGGUCAAGGUGGCAUGACGAACCUGGCCCGUCACAUCUUGGAGGAGUAUAAUGGAGACAGACUCUUGAGCAAGGUGGUGGACUCAAUCAAAGAGACGAAGAAUGGGAAGGUCACAGUCUCUUGCGCUGAUGGGUCGAGCUACAGGGCACGCCGAGUUGUGUGUACCAUUCCUCUGAACUGCCUCUCCGAUGUCCAAUUUGAUCCACCUCUGUCUCUCGCAAAACAGAGCGCCGCUCAAGCAGGCCACACCAAUCUCGGCGAGAAGUAUCAUUUUGUCCUCAACGAGAUCCAAGGGAAUUGGUUCGCAAACACGACCGACAUAGAGUGUGACUUCCUUUUUGGUCUCAAAGAUCAUGAUGGUACUCAAUCUGCGAACAGAAAUGGUUCAAUAGCCAUGAUGUUCGGCCAGACCGGAAAGCUGACCGAUCCGACCAAGAGCGAGCAUGUCAUCAGCGAGUUCAAGAAACUCCAACCAAGUGGUGAUGUGCGCGGUUAUGUUUCACACACUUGGUCUGAAGAUCCUUAUGCCAAAGGCGCAUGGUUCUGUGCAUUCCCUGGUCAGGCCACCAAGAGCUUGAAAGCACUGCAGGAACCUCAUGGAAGAGUCUUUAUGGCAAGUGCCGACUGGGCACAGGGAUGGCGUGGAUUUAUCGACGGUGCCAUUGAGCAAGGAGCCCGGGCUUCCGCAGUCGUGAAGUUCGCAUUGGAGCAGGAAGAUUGUAUCUCAGCUCCUAAGCUCUAG